GGGACUGAACCUGGAACUAUGUCGUUGAAAUGGAUUGAAAUAUCUACUAAAAAGUCCAAGAAACCCCCUCACUGUGAGUUAUGUCACUAUGAAUUUCACAGACACAAACGUUUUAAGAUGCACAACUGGCAAUGGCCACGAGUCAGUGGGAAAGAUAAAUGUUUACACGCAGUGUUUUUCAUCAAUUUGCUGAUAAUGAUCUCCUGUGCAGUAGCAACAGUAAUGUGUUUUCUUUCAGACAAUGGACAGGUACAAAAAAGUACCAAAAAUAAAGUGAAACUCACCACGGAAGAAGUGAUAACGUUGUCAUCUGGGGUUAUGUUUUUUGUUUCGUUCUUUGUUGCAAUGACAGUAGAAAUCAAAGCUAAACACACCAUUUACAAACUGUUUGUGAAAUUUAUUAUGCAAAACACUGAAUGGGAAAUUGAUCCUUAUGACCAGCAAAAUGACCCAACAUUUACUGCUCCUCAGUAUGUAUAAACAUAGAAUUUAUGACGAUAUUACUUAAAAGCCUAUUUUGGAAGCAUUUACUCAACAAAUUGCACUCUAGUUCAUUCAACUAAUACUAAAACAUAAUCUAUAAAUGAUCUUCAUACCUGAUACUAUGGAGAGCUCUGGCUUCUUAAUUGCUUUUCUUUUUCUCUGCUUUGACAUUUAAAUACAAAUUUGUCUGAUGUUGAUAAAAUUCUAUCAUUUUUAUGUGUUAACAUUUGUAAAAAUAAUGCAUUAUUUUUCAAAUGUUUAUUACCAAUGGGUUGGAAUUUAAUUUGCUAUGAAUUAAUCGAAGGCAUUAAGUAGACCUUAUCUCAAAGUUAGAGUUAUUAUUAUUACUACUACUAUUAUUAUUAUUAUUUUUUUUUUUUUAAUAGUGUGUUUAUAUUUUAGGAAAAUAACUUCAAUAAUUAAUUUGUUGAAUAAAUCACAAGAAUUGUUAUCCAGAAAUAUUUAAAGAGAUUGUUAGUGGAACUUAGUUCUCUUGGCAUUUUUUGUUAAGUUUUAUUUCCUUGAGUUGUCUGUUCCAUUAAGACAAACUUAGUUUUGCUUAUUAUAGCAGUUUAUUAUUAUUUUACUAUUUCUGUUCUUAAGCCAUAUGUUUAUGAAAUAGAUACUGGGGAUAAUCCGAGGGAGCAUUUAGUUUUGGUAGCUUGCUAAUAGAUACUGGUCUGACUGAGAUGUUGUUAGUAAAAGACUUCCAAUAUGAUUUCUCUUUAGGUAGGGAGUAGAGAGAGGAGGAGGAGGAUUAGGUCAGUGACUCAGCUGAACUAGUUGAGUCACUCAACUAAACUAGUUGAGUCACUUGACUAAACAAUCCACUGGAAUAAAGGCUCUUGCUUAUUCCAUCCCACUCUGUUCUUACAAAACUAUCUUUAUGGCUAAAAGUGAAAUCAUACCUAAAACCAUAUCGAUCUAUCUAGCUAUCUGCCUGUCUGUAUGUCCAUCUAUCGUUAAAAAAAUUCUAGGCUGGUUCAUCCUUACAAUAAAACACUAAACUCUAUAAUGUCCUUUUUUAAAUGUAAACUCCUUCUCUUCUAACUUCAGUACAGUUCUCUAAUUUCUUCUUAGCCUCAAAGACUUUGUGAAAUCUUCCAAGAUGUGUUUCAGGUAUUUUGCUGCUAUGGGUUUGUUGAUCUCAUACCUGCCCUCAAAAUGGGUUCUUAAUGUUUUCCCCCACCCCACCCAAACUCUGUAAAAUCCUAUGGUGCCAAUAAUGAAGAAGGUUCAUGUUCUAAGUGUAACAAUUUAUUUCUGUGUUCAAAUGAGAUUUGUAUGUUGACAACUUUGUGAAUGGUUGGUGUGUUGUUGUGACACACAAUUAAUUUGUUGAGCAAACAUUUAAAGUAUCUGAAGGACAUUCCAGAAGGAAAGUGUGUAAAGUCCUUUCAAGAAGCAAUAUAAGAAGGAAAGAGAGAACUGUAUCCAAACUAGAAAAUAUUUUAAAAUUGCCCUAAUACGGAAUUUAUUUUCUUACACAGCUGAUAUCAAGUCAGCCCCAUCUCAUCUCUAUUAUAUUUGCACACAUUCUAGUCUGCUGUGAAUAGGAAACUGAUGGGGAAACGUUUCUUUUCCUCUCUUCAGAGCCAUAAAACAAUAGAUAUUUCAUUGCAUGCAAUAUCUAUUCUUUAUUCUUUAUAGAAUGCCAUCUUAUAAAACUCAAUGCAUUUGCAUACAUCUAGAAAAUAUAUUUUCUCUUUACAAACUCUUUUUCCUGCUGGUCUGGCAUGAACUGGAUCCAAGGAAGCAUCAUACCAGCUGACACUGAUUAGCAAUAUAAUAUCAAAACUAAUGAACAUAAGUGAUCAAAGAAAGACUUUUGGGGGCUAUUAAUUAAUACUUGUAAACGAAUGAGUAAACUCAGUCCUUAUUAAAUGUACAUAGACACACAUAUACACACACACACACAAACAUCUAUAUAUUGUCACAUUACAUCUUCAGUUUCAACGUGAUAAUUAAGACUGAGAUUAUUACAUUCUGUUAAUUAGCCCUUGUUUUAAAACCAUUUACCUCUUUGACACAAAUAUUCCUGUUUGGAGAAAUGAGGAGGAAAGCUGAGUGUACAGCUCUAAUGAACUCUCUUGAUAUAACGACCUGGUUUUUAUAGGAUUUCUUAACGAUAUCAAACGAAAUGUUUCAGAAAGAAAAACUGUUUGCUAUGAAAGAAGAAAACAACCUUUUUAUCUAAUUCUAAACAUUUGGUAUUUUGUUAUUGCUUUCUGCUUGGAAACGGUUUCUUUGUCACACAUAUAAAUACUCAGACUUAACUCUCAGUGACAUAACUAAGAAAUAUGGUUUCUACAUCCUUGUUAAGCUUCACAAUCUCAGUCUUUCAAAAGAAAAAAAAAAACAAACAAAAAUAACAGAAAAAAAAAAGAAACAAUCAUUUCAAACCAAAUUUCUCUGAACUUUGUCUAGAUUCCUGAAGAGUAACUGGAUGCAUUAUAUUUAUGCACUCAAAAGGCAGCUUUCAUUCACACUAACCUAAACAAAUGUUAUUGUAUAUCAUGAUUAAACAAUAAACACACGGGAUCUGCAAUAAUAUGGAAUGCUUUUUCAGGACACAACUACAGUGUUGCCGUUGUUCUUCAGAGCCUUUUUGUUUUGUUUUGAGGGGUCGGGGGUAACGGGAGAGAUUGAUAAAACAAAACAAAGAAAAAAGAUGAUAGCAUGCCACUAUGUGUAAUUCAUGUUUCUUUCAUUCUGAAAUGAUGCAGCAUUGAUAUAUAAUUCAAAAUUUCAACAUAAUCAGUAUUCAAAGAAAUGCUUCACAGCUAUUCUAUCAGAGACUUACCAAACAUUGUAAUAAUUCUAUUAUUAUCGAUAUAUCUGUGAAUAUCAGACAAUAAAUGAAGUUGGUGAUAUUUUUUAAUGAAAUAACUUGUUUUAUAAAUAUUUUAGCUUUCUUGCUUUUGUCUUUUAUCUAUCUGUGUAUGAGUUUGUGUAUAUGUGUGUAUAUAAUUGUGUGUGUGUGCGAGAGAGAGAGGGAAAGAGAGUGAAUCUAUAUGAAAUAUGUAUGAUUACUGAGGUGAGUGUGUGCAUGUGUGUGUGUAAAGACGGUUGUUUGAAGACAGUGCAAGGACAAUUUUCCUUUUCAACCUAUUAGAUAUAUAUAUCUAUUCAUGGUGUAUCCAUCCGUGAGUUAUUAGCCUUUAUCAACGAAACACUCUCUGUAUUUAAACCUUUUUUUUUUUUCUAUUUACAAUAAAUGAAUCAACUUUUAAAUCACAUCAGUAUGAUUCAUCUCAUCAAUAAAUUCCUUUUAUUUACAA